CGUCAUCUACAUCGGUAAAUCGAAGUGGUAUGGUCAAAUUUGACAUUGAAGUAAGAGGUCGGUGAGACUUCAGAUAAAGUUGAAUUUCGUGCUUAGAAGAACUAGCAGUGUAUACUCCGUGGAGCUUUGGUUGUAUUGUUAUGAUAUAGACAAGGCAUGUGUUUGAGAGCUAGUGUCCUUUAAAGGUUAAGGAUGAUGUUAUGCUUGAAUUCGCAUAGAAGAGAACACCGAGUUUUGUGGUUCGUCAAUGUAUUCCAAAAAUGAGCAGGACAUGGUGCUUCUGCAUCACAAAUUAGAGGUGGAACUCCCUGAAAGCAAAUGUACAGAGAAACCCAGUGCGACUCUUUUGGAAUUCGGGGACGUCUAGAACGGACAACUGUUAAUUGAAGACAAGAUCAAGCCAAGAGGAGUCUUAAGGCCUCUCGAACCAGAGCUCUGAUUUUGUUUAAGGAAAGUUUUGUGAGCUUCUUUGUCAUAAUUGUGAAAGUUUUGAGUGUGGUUCUGGUUUGAGUAGUCUGGAUUUUCGUUUCUGAUAAUGAUUUGUCUUCGUGAAGCUCCAGCUUCAGAUUCUAUAAGUAGUCUUAGAUUUUAUUAACGCUCUUGAAGUGAGGAUUGAAAGUACAGAUUGUUUUAGAUAUAAGAUGUUUUACAGAGUUGGCUUUGUUGUUGAAAUUGCAGUACAAGAGUAAAGUUCAUCAGUCAAA